AUGGCUGUUGCAGAAUUGAUCACCGAGCCUGCUCUACGGCCCCUACUUUCAGCAUCUCAAAAUGCGCUUGGGCAGAUACUCGAAAUGCUAAGCUGGGUUGAUCAAAAUCAGGGUGAUGAGCCCUCUCUUGAAGCACAAUUGAUGUUGUCGAAAUACCAAAAGAGGAUGAUAGCCCACCUGGCACAGGUACGCGGUCAUAACCGACGAGCUAUCUCUGGCGUGAGGGUCACCAAGCAGGAGACGGCAGAAGCACGGCAGGAGGUCGACAGGCUAUUGCUGCAAUUGCAGAAUCUUUACUAUGAACAGAGACAUCUCAUGGGCGAGAUCGGUGCUUGCGAAGGAUAUGAUCAUGCAUACACGAAUCUACCCCUUCUACCACUCGAAGACUAUCUCGAAAUAUUUCCUGACCAAGUCAGCCUUGCAGAGCAAGAUCUGAUGCCUCUUCGCAUAGAGCACGAGAGACAGGAACGUGAGAAGCUAGAGCAAGAGCGCCAGGAAUUGUUGAAAUCGAAAGAAAAUCUGAUCAAAGUCAACUUGAAGAAGAAAGACGAACUCAAGAAGAUGGACGAGCAGCUUGAAAAGAUGAUAGAUGGCUUGAAGCCCGUUAGCGAUGCACUGACGAAGGACAUAUGA